UGACACUGGACAGAUGACAGACGCAUCAGUUGACAAAAACAAAACUGCUAUUUUCGUGAUUAUUGUUUCCCUGUUGUUAUCCCAUGAUUAUUGGAAUAGAAUAGAUAAUUAUGUUCAAUAAUUCAUAAGAAAUAACCAAGAUGACGUUCCUAGAAGAUACUCUUAUUAUUUUGAUAUCACAGAUAGUGUUCUUCGUGGGCGGCUGGAUAUUCUUCGUGAAGCAGCUGUUCCGCGACUACGAGGUGCACCACCUGCUCGUGCAGCUGAUCUUCUCCGUCACCUUCGCGCUCAGCUGCACCAUGUUCGAGCUGAUCAUCUUUGAGAUCAUCGGCUAUUUGGACUCAAGUUCCAGAUAUUUCCACUGGAACCUGGGCUUGUAUCUGCUACUGUUCAUGCUGAUAGUUCUGAUACCAUUCUAUAUUGCAUACUUCAGUAUCAGUAAUAUAACAUUUGUUUCCAAAAACACAAUCAGGCCCCUGACAAUGUUUGUCUGGUUCAUUUAUUUGUACUUCUUCUGGAAAAUUGGUGACCCCUUCCCGAUAUUGAGUCCAAAACAGGGUAUAUUCUCCAUAGAGCAGGGCGUCUCUCGUAUAGGCGUGCUGGGAGUGACUGUCAUGGCGCUGCUAUCGGGCUUCGGUGCCGUCAACUAUCCGUACACUUCCAUGGCCAUAUUUAUAAGGCCAGUGACCGAAGCAGAUGUCCUGUCAAUAGAGAAGAAGCUACUACAAACCAUGGACAUGAUAUUGGUGAAGAAGAAAAGGAUAGCACUAGCCGAAGCGAACAGUGUGGGAGCGAGACAGCAGUAUGGGGGUUUGGACCAGUCCAACUUGAAGAGUCGAGGCGGGUUUUGGACCAAUAUUUGGUCCAGUGUUGGCAGUUAUGCUUAUAAUCCGCUAGGCCAUGGGUCUGAAAACAUAAACCAGCUGAAGCAGGAGGUCUCCAGCGUUGAGGAGCUGAGCCGGCACCUGUUCCUGGAGGCUCACGACGCCCGGACCAUGCGGGAGAAGAUCCAGUGGAGUACCACCUUCCAGGGUCGUUACUUCAACUUCUUGGGGUAUUUCUUCUCGCUUUACUGCAUUUGGAAGAUUUUUAUCUCAACAAUAAACAUAGUAUUCGACCGCGUCGGCAAAAAGGACCCUGUGACUAGAGGCAUAGAGAUCGUAGUCCACUGGCUUGGCUGGAACAUUGAUGUUACAUUCUGGUCUCAACAUAUCUCCUUCAUUCUAGUUGGCUGUAUAGUGUUGACUAGUAUACGGGGACUGUUGCUUACGUUGACUAAGUUUUUCUACAAAAUAUCAUCAUCGAAAUCUUCGAACAUAAUCGUCCUAAUACUAGCCCAAAUAAUGGGAAUGUACUUCUGUUCCUCAGUGCUUCUUAUGAGAAUGAAUAUGCCGUCAGAAUACCGAAUCAUCAUCACCCAAGUAUUAGGAGAUUUACAGUUUAAUUUCUACCAUCGAUGGUUCGAUGUCAUAUUCUUAGUUAGUGCCUUAACCAGUAUAUUUACAUUAUAUUUAGCUCAUAAGCAACCUGCUGUCAGCUAGUUUUGUUUUAAGGUUAAUUUAGUUUGUAUGUUUGCGAUGUUGGGUGUUGAUUUAUUGGGAUUGGUAACGAUUCUGAAGGCAUACAUUUUAAUUUUAGUAACUGUCUAAAUUAACAUUUGGAAAAUAAGAUUGAAUCAUAAAGUCGAAUAUCGAACACAUAUAUUUUGUCAUUGCUAAACUUCAGAAUCGCUACUUUCUGUGGAGUUUAAAAAGGAUAAUGGGUAUCUGACACCAUUAUGAUAUUUAAGUACCUACGGUUAGAAAACUCAUUUCAAUCCACCUAAGAAUAAAAAUUAAAGCAAUCCUUAUUUCAAUCAUAAUUUGAUGUGAAAUUAAGCCUUAUUUAUUGAAUCGUUAAGAAUGAUGUUAAUUUCUAGUACCCGAUUAAGGACACUCAGUGUUAACAAAGCGAUAGUUUAUAAUUUUCAAAGUACAGUCAGCAAAAACGGUGCUAACAUUUUGUUUUUAAAAUUCAAUAAUCACAUGUUUC